AUGGGGGGCAAAUCAGGCACAAAAGCUGUCUACUUCGACAAGCUCAAGGGCUUGCUCGAAGACGUCGACAAUGUCUCGUCGCAACAGAUGCACGAAAUCCGACAGAAUCUGCGCGGCGAAGCGGUAGUCCUGAUGGGCAAGAACACCAUGGUUCGACGAGCUCUCAAGGGUUUCAUCGCCGAUAGCCCCGAAUACGAACGUUUGCUGCCCCACGUCAAAGGAAAUGUUGGAUUCAUCUUCACUAACGGUGACCUGAAGACCAUUCGUGAUAAGAUCCUCUCCAACCGUGUCGCAGCCCCUGCUCGUGCUGGUGCCAUUGCUCCUGGUGAUGUGUACGUUCCAGCUGGAAACACUGGCAUGGAACCCGGCAAGACCUCUUUCUUCCAGGCCCUCGGUGUCCCCACUAAGAUUGCUCGUGGUACUAUUGAAAUCACCACUGAUCUCAAGCUGGUCGAGGCCGGCGCAAAAGUCGGUGCCUCAGAAGCCACCCUGCUCAAUAUGUUGAACAUUUCUCCCUUCACCUACGGCAUGAAGGUGGUACAAGUGUAUGAGGAAGGGCAAACUUUCGCGCCCGAGGUGUUGGACGUUGAGGAGAGUCAACUGCUCAAGUCACUCACGUCGGCGAUCACUACCAUCACCACCAUCUCCCUUGCUGCCAACUACCCAACCCUUCCAUCCAUUAUCCACAGCUUGAUCAAUGGUUACAAGAAGGCCAUCGCGGUGGCGAUUGAGAUCGAUUAUGAGUGGGAGGCAAUUCAUGAACUUAAGGAUCGCAUUGCUAACCCUGAGGCGUAUGCUGCCGCGGCCCCGGCGGCUGCGGCUGCUACCGAGGAGGCGGCGCCUGAAGCGGCCAAGGAAGAAGAAAAAGAAGAGGAGAAGGAAGAGUCUGACGACGAGGGCUUCGGUGGUCUAUUCGACUAA